AUGGUCGGAAACCUAAUGAAGAAGGUGAUUGUAGCCCUAUUUGCGCUCUUACUCGCUGUAAUACUCAGAAUUAUUAUACCUUUUAAAAUGAAGUUUAGUAACUAUGAAAUAACUUCUAAUAUAAUUGGGUUUUUUACUGCUUUGACAAUUACCAUUGCCAUUAUUAUGUGCUGCUUUUUGGUCAGCAUUUUCCUAGCUUAUUUGACUGAUGAUUGGAUUGUUUUAGGGUAUGUACCGCUGCUGAUAUACGUCCUGCAUUGGACGUAUCGCACAUUUUCAGAGCGAUUGGAAACAAUGAGUAAAAGCUAUGAUACACUCAUGGAUGGUUUAACACAAAAAUGGCACAGCUACUUCAAUUACAAUGAGACGCAUUGGCCUGAUCUUGAAAAGACGAUGCUCUGCUGUGGACUGGAAGGUCCCCGGUCUUACAUGGAUUAUCUACAGAAGGUGCCGGGACACUGCUAUAAUCCUCAGCUCAUUACUCUGGGCUGUUAUCAUUUAUUUCUAAACAUAUUUUACCCAAUGCAACUAAUAGGUGUCCUAAUGCUUAGAUUGACACUUUUUGUGGAACUCGGCAUUUUUUUUUAUUUUGGUUCAAUCUUAUUUAAAAAGACUUUUAGUUUGAUUGGAGUCAUUCAAACUUCCUUGUAA